AUGGAGGGCAAAAGUUAUGGGGUUAAACCUUUGGAUCUAGGUACUCCUGGGAAUGAUGAUAACACACCACCGGUUCAUGGGAUUGGUCUGCGAGUAACAAAUAUUGAGGGUAAUCCUAUGAUGCCGAGACGUGGUAUGUACUCUACUAAUAAUACGUCGGUGAUAGAUGGGUUGCUUGAGAUUUCGAAACCUGUGGAAUUGGAUGCUACAUGGGGAUAUGGAGGUAUUUAUACGGCUGCCAAGGUGGAUACCCAUGCAAACCCUAGUUCGAGUAACGUGGUGGAUAAUACAGCCAAAUUUUCUUAUGCGGACAAGGUUAAAACGCAGACAUCGCUGAAAAGAGAGGUUAACUUCCGAAAGUUGGAUGCUACAGAGAUGGUCCAGGAUGCUGAUGUGCUUGUUCCUCGAGAGGUAAUUAAAAAGGUCCAGGACAAAUUUCAGAACGUUUUGUAUGGCUAUUUUUUGGGUAAUCGAUUACCAUUUCCUGUUGUGGAAUAUUAUGCGAAAAAUGUGUGGGCUAAAUAUGGAUUCUCUAAACUUAUGAUGAAUAAGGAUGGUUUCUUUUUCUUUAAGUUUGAUACAAAAGAGGGCAUGUUUUUGAUUGCCAUGGAAGCGAGUCAGAUCAAACCGACGGAUAAGGAUGCAAGACAUGCAAAGCCGCCGGAUAUUUUGACAUCCACGUUAAACCCUAAUAAGGGUUUUGCUUCGAGAACUCUAAACAUUGAUGGUAAAACGUUUUGUCCACGAAGGGGGGUCUCGUCUGAUAAUCAGCAAGGGCAGAAAGUUGUGAACAUAAUAGAUGAGCUUACCAAAAUCACUGUUCCAGUUGAUGUCCAAACUGAUGGCCAGCAUGAUGCUAAUCUAGAGACUGUGAAUUUGGUAGAUGACCGUGCAAACCUGAAUCUUUCUCCUCAGGCUACAUAUGCAGAUAGGGUUAAAAAUAACGUGAAAGGGAAACGUGAGGUUAACUUCAGACUUCUGGAAUCCAUGGAGACGGUGGAAGAGGCUGAUGUGGUUAUCCCGAAAGAAGCUGUUCGGCAGGUACAAAAGAAAUUCGAGAACGUUCUUUAUGGUUAUUUUCUGGGUGAUAGGUUACCGUUUCCGGUAGUAGAUUAUUAUGUUAAGAAUGUCUGGGUGAAAUACGGGUUUGUUAAGGCAAUGAUGAACUCUGAGGGGUUUUUCUUUUUCAAGUUUGCAACCAAGGAGGGUAUGAAUCAAGUUCUAGAGGGGGGACCAUGGUUGAUACGUAAGAUGCCGUUAUUCUUAAAUGUAUGGGGUCCGACAGUCAGUCUAAAGAAAGAUGGAAUUAAGUCUGUGCCUGUGUGGGUAAAGUUUCAUAAUGUUCCUCUUGCUGUUUACUCUGAUGAUGGCCUUAGCCUUCUAGCUUCGAAAGUUGGUAUCCCCAAGAGGUUAGAUGCUUACACAGCGGAUAUGUGCAUUGAUAAUUGGGGCCGGACUAGCUAUGCUCGUGCCCUGGUAGAGAUAAAUGCAGAAAAUGAGCUUAAGAGUCAAGUAGUUGUAGCUAUUCCAAAGAUGGAUGACGAGGGUUUUGUUAAGGAAACCAUCAGGAUUGAGUAUGAGUGGAAACCACAUCGCUGUGAUAUUUGUCGGAUAUUUGGCCAUAAUAAGUCGUCUUGCCCGAGUAAUCCUAAGGAUAAAGCUAAGCAGGUUACUAUCGAUGAUGAGGGGUAUACUAUGGAUAGAAGGAGGAUAGCUAAGCAUGGUUUCCCGCAGAAAAAACAGAAGCCGAGAUUUGUUUACAAACCUAAGCCUAACUCUAAUGGGGCCAGCACUUCAGGUACAAAGGAACAACCGGAAGUAAAACAAGCGUCUUAUCAUGUGGAUACUCAGAAUAAGUUUGAAAGUCUAGCCGAUGACUCGUUGAAGUCAGGAAAUUUGAAUGAGCUGAAUUAUGGUGAUCCGAUUUAUGAGAAGCCUCAAAGUUCAGGUAGUAGUCAAGUUGACAAGAGUCCAAUGCAUCAAAACCCGUAUGAUCUUGAGGAGGAGGAAUUUCGUGAUCCUUUCCAUACAGAAGUUUCGUCAUUCAUGAGUUUGAAUAAAAAGAAAGAUAAUUCUGAGGGGGCAAGCACUCCCGGUGACAUGGAGUCUCAUGUAGAGGUCUCAAACUUGUCAAAGGUGUGUGGUAGAGUGUUUAAUAAGUGGGAUUGGACGUCUAAUGGAGGGGUUUGCAACAAAGGAACCAGAAUUAUUGUGGGAUGGAAUGAUGAACACGUUCAGCUUAUGGUGCUAGCUCAAACAGACCAGGUGAUGCAUGUUCAACUUAAGUCUAAGAUUGAUUCCAAAAUCCUGUUUGUCUCUUUUGUCUAUGCUAAGAAUACCUAUCAAGAACGACGGGUUCUCUGGCAAGAUUUAUGCAAGCAUAGGUUGGUAAUUGGGAGCCAUUCGUGGAUAGUUAUGGGGGAUUUCAACUCGGCCCUCUAUAUGGAAGACUGCCUGCAUGGUACGUCUACUCCAACAAUAGGUAUGAGGGAGUUUUUUGAAUGUGUUCAAAAGAAUGAGUUAAUGGACAUUCCAGGCCAUGGUCUUCACUUUACGUGGAACCAAAAACCUAAAGACGGUGUAGGUAUCUUAAAGAAGAUUGACCGGGUUAUGGGUAACGUUGCAUUUUUGGACGAUUUUCCGAAUGCCCAUGUGGUUUAUCAUCCGUUCCGGUUGUCGGACCAUACUCCAUGUAUUCUGAAAACGGCUAGAGAGAUCCGAAUAAAGCCAAAACCUUUUAAGUUUGCGAACUUCAUUGCUGCUAAAGAUGGUUUUAAGGAGUGUGUUAAGGCUGAAUGGAGCAAAAACAUGGUAGGUAUUCCGAUGCUUUCAGUGGUGAAGAAGCUUCGAAACCUCAAACACCCGUUACGGAGCCUUCUUCACAAGCAAGGUAACUUGCAUGUUAAGGUUAAUGAUCUUAGAGCUCGUUUGGAUGAUGUUCAUAAGCUGAUUGAUCAGAACCCGUUUGAUGCGGAUUUACGGGCCAAAGAAUCACAGAUUAUUAAAGACCUCCAGAGCGCUGCUUAUGAUGAGGAAUUGUUUGUGAAACAGAAAGCCAAACUUGACUGGCUUAGUGCGGGUGACGGUAACACGACUUAUUUUCACAAUUUCGUUAAGAGCAGAAAUGCAAGGAGCAGAAUUCAUUCUAUUAACGAUGUUGAUGGUAAUCAUUUCGAAGGCCCUGAUGUGGAAUGUGCUAUAGUAGAUCACUACAUGAAGUUUUUGGGUAUAGAAUCUGCGGUGGAGGACAUGAAUAUAGAGGAGUUGUUUCCAAAUACCGUAAAUCCGGUUGAUGCUAAUCACAUGAUUCGGCCUGUGACUCGUGAAGAAAUAAAGGCUGCAAUGUUUAGUAUUGGAGAUAAUAAAGCUCCAGGGCCUGAUGGUUUUACGUCAGUUUUUUUCAAGAAGACUUGGGAUAUAGUGGGUGAAGAGGUCUCCGAUGCGAUUAUGCAGUUUUUUGAGAAUGGUAAAUUGCUUCAACAGGUUAAUCAUACUAUAAUUGCUCUUGUCCCUAAAGUUCCUACUCCUUCGUCGGUGCUCGACUACAGGCCCAUCUCUUGCUGCAAUGUUAUUCUUAAAUGUAUAAGCAAAAUUUUGGCGGAUCGUAUAAAAGGGAGUUUGGGUGGUUUGGUGAAUAUAAAUCAAUCGGCGUUCAUUCCGGGUAGGAGGAUUUCUGAUAAUAUCUUGCUCACUCAGGAAUUAAUGCAUAAUUACCAUCUUCAUAAGGGAAAACCAAGGUGUGCCUUCAAGAUUGACAUUCAGAAAGCCUACGAUACGGUUAACUGGUCUUUUCUAAAGUCUAGUCUAAUCAAGUUUGGUUUCCCUAGUAGAAUGGUUGAUUGGAUAAUGACAUGUGUGUCCACUGUUUCGUUUUCCUUGAGUGUUAAUGGGAAUCUUUGUGGUUACUUCAAAGGUAAAAGAGGCCUUAGGCAGGGAGACCCUAUAUCCCCUUAUUUGUUCACGUUAGUUAUGGAAGUUCUUUCGUUGCUGUUACAAAAAGCUGCUGCUCAACACCCUGCGUUCAGAUAUCAUGAUAAGUGCAAGCAGCAGAAGAUUAUCAACGUGUCCUUUGCCGAUGAUCUUUUCCUGUUUAUUAACCCGGACACGGUCUCUGUUAAAGUGAUGCGUGAUACAUUGGAAUUGUUUACUAGAAUGUCGGGACUAACUCCGAAUCUAGCGAAAAGUACUACAUUCUUUUGCAAUGUCUCUCAUGUGGUCAAGCAGGAAAUUCGGUCGCUAUUGCCGUUUCAAGAGGGAGAGCUCCCUGUGAAGUAUUUGGGAGUGCCUCUUAUAUCUACUAAGCUUAUGUAUAAGGAUUGCAAGAUUCUUGUGGACCGGGUAGAUAAAAAGAUCGAUCAUUGGAUGAAUAAAACUCUUUCUUUUGCGGGUAGACUCCAACUGAUUAAAUCAGUCAUAUCGGCUAUGCAUAUUUAUUGGGCAUCUGUGUUUAUGCUUCCAGCGCGUAUUAUUGGUGAUAUUGAAAAGCGUAUGCGGAAUUUUUUAUGGAGCGGGGGGCUGAAUAAAGUUAGUCAUCCUAAAGUGGCAUGGAAGAAUGUUUGUCUUCCUAAGACGGAAGGGGGAUUGGGUAUUCGAAGGAUCCAGGAUAUGAAUAAAGCUCUUCUCGCUAAUCAUGUUUGGAGUAUUUUGCUUAAAAGGGAGUCGUUGUGGGUUAAAUGGGUCCAUUCUUACAGGAUUAAGGGCAAGAACUUUUGGGAUAUUCCGUUUCGGGGUAGCAUGACUUGGGGGUGGCGGAAAAUUCUUAACCUUCGUGCUUCUAUUCGCCAGUUUACUUGGUAUGAGAUUGGUAAUGGCCAGAGCACGAAUGCAUGGCAUGAUAACUGGUGUAAUCAUAGUCCUUUGGGAGCCUUCAUUACGCCAAGACGCAUACAUGGGGCGGGAUUUAAUAUGAGUUCUAGAGUUGCGGAUCUUGUCAGUCACCGUAGUGAGUGGACAUGGCCUAGCUCGUGGCUUCAGUUAUAUCCGGGUUUGAUGAGUCUUGUGCCGCCUAUUCUGAACCAAAAUGUUCCGGAUAAGUUGAUUUGGAAGGAUAGAGAUGCUAAGCAUAGGGAGUUCAGUACUUAUGAAGCUUGGGAUAACGUUCGUUCGCGGGGGGAAGAGGUUCUUUGGGCUGAGCUGGUGUGGUUUUCUCAGUGUAUCCCGAGGCAUUCGUUUCACAUGUGGCUUGUUAUAAAAAAUAAGCUCAAAACUCAAGAUCGGAUGGGGAUAUGGGACGCAGGUAGUGCAACUAAUUUAAACCUUAUGUGUUGUCCACUUUGCUGGAACGGUAAAGACUCUCGUGAUCACUUAUUUUUCCGAUGCUCGUUUGGGUUGCAAGUGUGGAAUAUGGUUAAAGAUUUGGCGUACAUGGAAACAGUCGAUGCCAAUUGGGAUUCUAUUAUGAAUUGGUUCUAUCAUAAUCCUUCGGGUAAGUCGGCUAAAGUUUUAGUUGGUAAAAUGGUUGUUGCGGCUUCUACUUAUUUUAUAUGGCAAGAGAGGAACAAUAGAUUAUUUUCUACAAAGCAGCGGGAUGCUACCUUGAUUGCAAAUAUUAUUCUCCAUACGGUCCGCAUGAAGUUGAUGACGUUCAAGCCAGGGAGAGGAUCCAAGAAUCCGUUAUUGCUAGAGCGGUGGAAGUUCCAAGUCAAGACUAUGAGCAUUGAUCCAGGCUAG